ACAUCAUUUCCAAGAAUUCCAGAGAAAAUCAAAGGAAGUAAAAAAAAAAGAUAAGAAAAAAGGAAAAAAAUGGAGCAAUUAACAAAAUCAAUUCCAAUGAAAGAGAUUUUAGAUGCACCACUCGAUGUUAUCGGUUUUAAAAUUUCAGAGAUUUCUCCUCAGAAAAUUUUCGGUUACUUUUUGGUGGUUAAAAAAUGUUGCAACCCUUUUAAUGUGUUGCAUGGUGGAGUCUCGGCUCUAGUAGCUGAAUCUCUGGCUAGUAUGGGCGCCCACGUGGCGUCCGGGUUCGAAAGGGUGGCUGGGGUCCACCUCAGCAUCCACCACCUAAGAAGUGCAAAUCUUGGUGAAAUUGUAUAUGCUGAGGCUAAACCUCUCAAUGUUGGAAAAUCAAUUCAUGUUUGGGAAGUGAAUUUGUGGAAAAAUGAUUCUUUAAUUUUAGGGGAAAGAAUUUUGAUUUCUACAUCAAGAGUUACUAUCAAGACAAACAUGCCUCUACCAAAAAAUGUCAAAGAUGCUGAUGUGAUUAUCAAGAAGUAUGCCAAGUUAUAAUUAGGUCUCAAUAAGAGUCGAGUUCAAUCAAGCUUAUAGUAGAGUUUAUGUUGAUUUCAGUGGUAUCAAAUUUUCAUACUAAUUUUUAAGAAAAUUCCAUGUAAUUCAUCCUUUUAUUAUAGUAAAAGCAGAGGCGAAUUUAGAGCAUGUACAUUAUGUUUGUUCAAUUCAAACAUAGUAUUCGACUCGAGGAUUGUACAUACUUAACUUAUACCAAAAAAAAUAAUUAAAGUAUCUACAUUUAAU